AUGACUCCAGACGUCAGAACCAUACGGGUGUCGACUCCCAUCGCAGCAGACCCAGAUGCCGUCUUUGCACUCAUCAUCGACUUGCCAGGAUACAACGACUGGCUGCCCACCUCAAGCGCGUACAAGGGCACAACUGAGGUUACAGACACGCCUAUCGUCGUUGGGACCAAGUACAUCGAGAGAAGUCCUUCUGGCACGCGCUACGGCGAAGUCUGUGAGCUUGACCACGUUCAACGCCACGUGGCUUUCAAGCAGCCAAUGCGACUCAUUUUCGGGCUCGAAAUUCGGAUACGCGUGGAUAUGAAGGUUAGCGACACCACGGCGGGGGCCGCUCAAGGUAUCCAUCUGUCAGGCGUUCAUCUGUCGAGCGUUGUCGACCGAACAGUCACUCUGGAUUUCCCUUGGUAUAUGUUUCCUGUGGCAGGGGUGAUCUCGGGUCAAUUUGAACAGGAGAUCAAGAGGACGAUGUCAGAAAUGCGAAAAUACCUUGAGAAUCAGGCAACAUGA